AUGAAGAAGAGGAGGAGGAGGAAUCACAUUAGCUCUAUUUCAACUAGUAGAGGUAUUGUGAACUCGCUGAGAAAGGUUAAGGAAGAGGUGAGAUGUCAUUUCGAAAAAAAGUUUCGUGAGAAUUGUAGAGAUAGACCUACUAUAGAUGGAGUUAAUAUCAUUUCUUUGAGUCAAGAGAAUAGAUUAUCCCUUGAGGUCCCUUUCUUGGAGGAAGAAAUAAAAGAAGCGAUUUGGAGUUGUGAUGGCUCAAAAAACUUCCACUCCGGGGCAGUGCUUUCUAAGUCUAUUACCCCGUCUUUCCUUACUCUUAUUCCGAAGAAAUCUAAUCCUUUGGGAUUAGAUGAUUAUCGUAUGAUAUGUUUGGUGGGAUGCAUAUACAAAAUCAUUUCAAAGUUGUUGGCUUGUAGAAUUAAGAAGGUUCUUUCCUAG